AGACAGAGAGAGGCUGGUACUGUACGUCUUUCCCAAUAACCAACAGUAUCUGUAAGGGGCGGUGUCCAGCAGACAAAUAGAGAGACGCGGGUGCGCACAAGGCUCCACUUUUACGCAUGAGCUGCCCUUGCCGUGUGAACACCUCCACUACAGCACUUACCUCGUUUUCUUUCUAAGCACGACCAUGAUGCAUUUGGAUUUUCCGUAGAUAACAAGACUAUUGCUUUUAUAUUAUUAAUCAGAUUUAAUCAUCCACCCAAAGCGAAGCACAGACCAGCGGAGUGUACGACUUUUGGCUCAAGUGGUCCCAGAAUUGUGUCCAUCAUGGGAGGACAUGGAUGGAGCUCAGUCCGUCUUGGUGUCGUCGUUUGUGGAUAUUUUGCGUUUUUCUGCGGGGAGCUUGUCCCGCGCGCUGAAGCGGGCUGCAGGGAGAGGGAGAGCCCAAACUGCUGCACUGGCCGGAAUAACGAAUGUUUCGAGUACAACAGAAGGAAAACGGUGUGUUACUGUGAUACCUACUGUCAGAAAACCAGAGAUUGCUGUGAGGACUAUCAGCGUGUGUGCCAAAUAUCUGCAGCCAUCGACUGCGUGGUGGGAUCAUGGGGUCCCUGGUCAUCGUGCACUUCCCCGUGUGGAGUUGGCAGCACGGAGAGGAGCCGCCAAGUGUCUGUCCCCCCUAGAAAUGGAGGCACGCCAUGUCCUGACCUGAAACAGCGAAGGGGAUGUUUUGGAAACAACGCCAUAUGUAGCACUGCGAAAGAGGUGGCAAAGAUCUUGCCUGAUUCUUUCAAGAGGAACUUCAAGGACCCUUGGAGGCGGCCACACAUGAUGAUGAAGGAGGAAAAGGCCAGCUACUGCGUGUACCUGCGGAUCAAACAGGCCAGUGCUGCGUGUAAACUCAAACUGUGGAGCGCUCAGCUGGUGAGAGAAAGGCUGGUCUGUGCAGAGUGUCAGAGUGACGCCAUGGCAAAGUCAAACCGCUGCGGAGGCGACGGCCUAGAGAACUUAAGGACCUUCUGGGCUGCAGCUUCGGUCCCGGGCUGUCACGGUUCCUGGGAGCGACAGUCGUCCUCUGAGGGCUGCAGGUGUCCUCCCUACUCUGUGCUCUUUGUCUGAGGCGACGCGGAAGCUCCAGACGUUCACGCGCAGGGAACGAGAUUUCUCUCAGCUCCUCCCCGCUAGCUACGAACAGCCCUGCCUGCCAGAUCCGAUCCUCCGAUCCAGAUUACUGGAUGCGUAACUCAAGGAGAUCAGCAGCAUCCUGCCAUCUUUUCCUAAUUUCACCUCAUGCUCUGUACUGUAUACACUAUAACUAAGCACACAGAAAUUCUUGCAUUUAACUCCAGUUCUUACAGCCACGCUGUGCUCCUUUCAGCUCCAAAGCAAAGCGACAUCAAUAUGCCUUUUUACCUCUGAAUCUUUGCUAUCUACCUCCAUCAGUGCAAGUGUAUUUGCUAACGCGUAAUGUGUAAAUCUAAAUAUAUUAUUUUUCUUUAUACAUUUUCUACUUAUGAUUGUUCAUGUGUAAUGUAAAUGUGUCUAUAUAGCUACACUUAUUCGUAUCCAACUGUUUAAAAAUCCAACAGCGACAUAGGGUUUAGGUCCAAAUCCAAAGACCAAGCAAAAAAAAAAGUGGUUCCUCAAAGUUGUAGCCGUUGCCAGAAUCCUUGAGUCCAUAUAUCGAAGGUUCAGCAGUUUCAGUAACACUUAAAAUCAUUUUAAAAUUUAAAAAAAGUGAAGCUGAAUAUCAGGCAGUGUUUCUCAGGUCUUUAGAUGUGUGUCUUUUUCGUCUGAUGUUUUUAAUAGGGACUUACAGUUGAAAUCGGUCCAAUCUGUUUAGACCAACUAUUAUUAGGGAGGCCAUAUCAGAUCAUUUCACUCCCUCUGGUCCCCUGUGUCCAAAAGUAUAUAUAUAAAAAAAACUUCCAGUGCUCACAACAAGGAUUAUCAGAGGAGUGUAUCCUCCUUAUAUUAUUAUUAAUUAACAGAUCCCCUUAGAUAUUUGACUUGUUCUGCUUUUCCGUCUCCACUCUCGUCUCUACCGACUUGAUGUUAUUCUUUAAAAUACGUUGCAGCAUUAACAGCAACGUUGCCUUCCCGCCCUCAGGACUCAGUUAUCCGACGGCUCAGCAUGCCUUCCUGCAUCUCUCACACCGCUUGGGUGAAGAAGAGCACCGCCGUCUUUCUUUCCCAUGUCUGUGAUUUGUGUGUUUAUUUAUUAUAAAGCAAGCGAUGAUUUUAUGAUUAGUGCAGCACGGCAUACUCUGUACACUGUCCAAUAGUGGAAAUAAACGACGACACUAUUAUUUUUUUUCUGAUGUGUAUAUUUCAUUAAAACAUUGCAUUCAGAUUAAAAAAAAAAA